CUGUCAAUUCCUGAAUCGCCGCCCACUGCCAGUGGCACCUGCAAAAUUUAUUAGCUAACGGAAUCAAAACAUGGCGACCCCCCACAUCCUGUCAGCAUUCUUAUCAAGUUAUCGCUCAUGUCAUUCUUGUACUCCAAGUCUGAGUAAUGCAACUUAGUCUUUUAUCAGACAAAGAAAUGGGCAGCCCUGUCUGGCUUUUGAUUUGCUCCCCCGCAAAACGAGCUCCACCCAUCGCCCCGAGUUUCUCUAUCGGGUAAGCAUCUACAUCACCCUUCUUAUCGCCCUCGGCUUCUACAAUCUACUAUCUCGACCCAGCAGUCAUUCUCCGGGGAAGCGAUGGACCCACGUAGGUGGUCUGCUGCUUUAAAUAAGAUGUCGACUAUGCUUGUCCCAAGGAUGAGUUGAUUUCACUAGCUUGAGGGACCAGGUUCCGAUUGUUGUCACUAUGGCAGAAAACGACGAAAAAACGAAGGUGUUCGCCCCUUCGACACGGGAGGAUGCUCUCGUCGAGCAAUUGGGCUACGAGCAAGAGCUGAAACGAACGUUUGGGUUACUCGGCAUGAUUGGAUUCAGUUUCAGUGUGGUCACAUCGUGGGUUACCCUCCUCUUCUUCCUGACUGUGCGUUUGCUAACAACUGUAGAUGGACCGCUUUGAGUGGUGUCUUCAUCGUCGGCGUCAAAUCUGGCGGCCCCCCUGUCAUGGUCUUUAGUUUUAUCGCCGUCUGCUUCCUCACCCUCGCCGUUGCUAUCCCCAUGGCCGAAAUGUGCAGUAUGUAUCCUGUUGCUGGAGGACAGUAUUCGUGGGUUGCGGCACUUGCGCCUCCACGGAUAGCCAGAGGACUGUCCUACAUUAGCGGAUGGUUUAUGCUUAUCGGCAUCCUUGCAAUGGGAGCAACAAAUAACUCCAUCGGCGCCAAUUUCAUCCUCGGCAUGGCCAACCUUGUCUUCCCCCAAUACACAAUCCAACGCUGGCAGACUGUACUCGUCGCCUACUGUGUGGCCUUUAUCUCGGCUUCGGUCAAUAUAUGGGGACCUCAUCUUCUCAACCGGAUCGCUCGAUUCAUCCUCAUCUGGAACGUCGGUUCGUUCUUGAUCACUAUGAUCACCCUCCUCGCCACGAACGACAACAAGCAGUCCGCGUCAUUUGUCUUCCACGACUUCCAAAACUUCACAGGCUGGGGGUCCUCUAUGGCUGCUAUCGUCGGCAUACUUCAAGCUUGUUUCGGCAUGUGCUGCUACGACGCCCCAUCACAUAUGACCGAGGAGAUGAAGUCCGCGUCGAAGGAAGCUCCCAAAGCAAUCAUCCUCUCCGUGAUCCUUGGCGCAGUCACCGGCUUCGCAUUCCUAUUGACCCUUUGCUUCUGUAUCGGCGACAUCGACACCACGGCGAACACGUCCACCGGUGUCCCUGUUAUUCAGAUCUUCUACGACUCCACAGGAAGCAAAGUAGGGACGUGUUUCCUGUCCAGCAUGAUCGCCGUGAUUGUUCUUGUCGCGGGGAACAACCUCCUGGCCGAGGGAUCACGAUCCGUGUAUGCCUUUGCCCGAGACAACGGAUUACCAUUCUCCUCCAUCCUGGCCAAAGUCGACCCAAAGCGCCAAGUCCCCGUCAACGCGGUCCUUCUCACCCUAGUCGUGCAGUUAGCUCUUGACGCUAUCGACUUCGGCACGACGACCGGUUUCGAAACCGUCAUUGCCAUCUCUACCGAGGGGUUCUACGUCUCUUACGCGAUCGCACUCGCCUCUCGUCUCAUGGGCUACAUGACAUCGCAUAACCCAACCAUGAAAGGACCAUUUGCACUUCCGACGUCCGUGUCCAUCGCGCUGAAUGUUCUGGGUCUUUUGUUUUUGCUCUUCGCAGCUAUCACGUUCAACUUCCCUACGUCUUACCCUGUGACUCAUAAUUCCAUGAAUUAUACUUCUGCGGCAGUGGGCUUGAUUGCGUUGAUUGCUGUCGUGACGUGGGUUGUGACGGGGAGGAAGAGGUUUACGGGUCCACCGGGGAUGAGGGUUUUGGAUGGUUGUGAGGGGGUGAGGCAGAUAGAUUUGAAUGUUGGUGCCGAUGAGGGUAAUGAAAAGGGUGAGAAGAGCUAG